GCAAUGUGUUUUGAAUUAGUACUCGGCGCCUAAUCAUUUGAAAAUAUCGAAAAAACAGCUGUCUUAUUAAUUAUUCUAACAAUAUGGUAAUUGCCAUAGGAUUCGAAGGAAGUGCGAAUAAAUUAGGCAUUGGAAUAAUUCGCGACAGUGACAUUCUUUCUAAUGUUCGGCACACUUACAUCACACCACCAGGCGAAGGUUUUCUGCCCCGGGAAACAGCACAGCAUCAUCGCCAACAUGUUCUAGAAACUUUAAAAUGUGCCCUUAACGAUGCAAGUCUUACGAUGAAAGAUAUUGACGUAGUUUGCUACACGAAAGGACCUGGAAUGGGAGCACCUUUAACAGCAGUUGCACUAGUGGCAAGGAGUGUUGCACAGCUUUACAACAAGCCAAUAGUAGCAGUAAAUCAUUGUAUAGGACACAUAGAAAUGGGGAGAUUAAUAACAAAAAGCAAAGAUCCAACAGUAUUGUACGUUUCGGGAGGAAACACUCAGGUCAUAGCAUACUCUAGACAGCGCUACAGAAUUUUUGGUGAAACAAUUGACAUUGCCGUGGGAAAUUGCCUCGAUCGUUUUGCAAGGCUUUUGAAACUAUCCAAUGAUCCUAGCCCAGGAUACAACAUAGAACAACUAUCCAAAGAAGGUCAAAAACUGGCUCCACUACCAUAUACAGUAAAGGGAAUGGAUGUGUCAUUUUCUGGUAUCUUGAGUCACAUUGAAGAACGGCUACCCAAAUGGUUGAAGAGUGGGGAAUAUACAAACGCAGAUCUAUGCUUUUCGUUACAAGAAACUUUAUUUGCAAUGUUGAUAGAAAUAACGGAACGAGCCAUGGCGCACACAGGAUCGCAGGAAGUUCUAAUAGUUGGUGGUGUCGGUUGUAAUUUAAGACUGCAGGAAAUGAUGGCUCAGAUGUGUGAGGAGAGAAACGCGACCCUUUAUGCAACUGACGAACGAUUUUGUAUUGAUAAUGGAGUGAUGAUAGCUGUUGCCGGUUUAUCACAGUUCAACACAAGUGGUCCCACACCUUGGCUUCAAACCACCUGUGUUCAACGAUACAGAACAGAUGCUGUGCAUGUAGCUUGGCGAAUUUGAGUCUUGAGAAGUAAAAACGAAAUAUUAUGUAUUUGGAAGUGUGACAGGGGCAUGGUCUACAGCUCGUUGUCUGGUGGAGAAAAUUAAAACUGAUGACAGUAGGGUCAGUGAGGUGCUCUAUGGGCUGAUUCUAGCAGAACAAUCUUACUAUUAAAAGUUCGAGCGUCAUUCGCAGUUUGGCAUAGCAGACAAUCACAGUUACCGAUACUAUCAACUUUUCGAUGUAGCAUCCAUAAAGUAUGCCAGUAUGGUUGCGUUUUUGCGAUAAAUCCACGUAAAGUUCAAUUAUCGCAUUAUACAGACAUAUGUCCAACUGAGCAUAAGUGUGUCUUACGGCUUCUGUAUCGAAAAAUAGUAUUCACACCACAGCUAUAGUACUUUCUGACCUUGGAACGAAAACCACUAUUCCAUGAGAAUUUCAAAAAUAAAAUGAGUAAAUUAUAACAGAACUAAGUUUGUUCUGAUGAAGAGUUGGAUACCUGUACCUGUACAUUGGUAUAUAAUGUGUAACAAACAUGCAUAGAUAUCUAUGUUAUUUCACAAAUUCUGUACCUAAUAUAUUACGUUUAUAAUAAAAUAUACAUUUAUGUACA